GUCAAGUUUAAACUUAGAUCAUACUAUGGUCAUCGGUCUCCAGUGUUUACACGGCCACCUUGAUGGGUUCACAGCGCAUUCAUCAUAAGAGCUAAGAAGGCGCAUCGUGUCGAGAAGCUUGCAGUUCGCUACGUACAUGUUCAUGUCAAUAGCUACAAUAUGGGUAGGAUCGUUCUGAUCUAUCCACGUGCGCUGUCAGACUCCCUUAUCCAGACCUAUGAUUAUGCAUGUUCAUUUCAUGAGGAGUGGACGUUUUUGCUUCGAUCGCACUGGAGCAAGAUGAAAGGCUUGUAUGUUUUUACGCGAUACCUGCCCUUUAUCAUUCUCGCCGUGGAUCUACGCAUGAGCCUCACCCCGAAUGAGAAUUCAAGUACAUGCCAGAUGUUGCAAAAUGUUAAUUCAGGUCUUGGCAUUGUAGUAGCAACGUUCUCCGAAUGUUUUUUUAUCCUCAGAACAUAUGUGCUCUGGGACAAGAAUAGGAUCUUGCUUGCAGUCAUGUUAUCGACCUUAUUGUCUUUUCUGGUAGCAUCCUUCAUCAUUGUCUUCGCCAUUGGCAUCCCUGCAGAAUAUGCGACCAGCCCGAUCCCGGGCAUCACAGGGUGCUACCGGAGUUCGACCAGUUUCCUGUAUUUUAUACUAUUUCUCAUCCUUGCUGUGUUCCAAUUGGAACUGGCGGACACACGCGAGCCGUCUGCACGUUGUCCUGAUGAACCACAAUAUAUCCUAUUAUACAUGUGA